AAGCCACAGCAAGAGCAAAUGGUGCAUAGGUGUGUGUGGUAUAUAUAAGCUAACAUCAAACAAAUCCUAGCCUGUUACAAUAGAAUUCUAAACUUCUCACCCGAGAUAGCCCGAGAGAAAAAAGGGGAUAAAGGCCACCACAAUUUAGCCUAUUACACAGUUUGACACACAUUUGAUAGUUAAAAAUUAGUCGAAAAUAUACACUUUCGAACCAACCCACAUACCCACAUGCCGCAAAAUGGAUGCUAAUUCAAACACACCAUUCUAAGAUAAAAAAAACAGUCAGUAACAUUCAUUCUUAAUCGUCGCUGCCAAUGUGAAACAAAACAAGAAAAAAGCUGUAUUGUGUAAACAAAUAGAACUCAACAAAAAAACGUUAGGAAAAGAGGGCCAAAUGUAAGGACACUCCUUUGCAGGGGGGAGUGGGCAAUUCUUAACGGCUUUGCAACAAAACAAGAAGAAAAAGUGUAGAAGUGGUUCAAUUGAAAGAGAAAAAUAGAGCUACGCUAGUAAGGAACGGGGAGGGCAAGUAAAAAAAUUACAGUAUAAGCUAAGGAAUAACUAAUUUUAUAAAAAGAAAGGAAGAGCAAAAUUUAAAAAAGAGGGCACGAGUCAGACAUGGCAAAAAACGCGUGGUGAACGGCAUAAGAGAGUAGAGUAAGAAGACGCAUUUAUCCGGAAGCCACACAGCGCAUGCAAUGCCAGACACACACACACUGCUAAAAACUAAAAUCGCACAAACGAACAGAACCACAAUGUUCAAUGCUGCUUGAAGUUGUGGGCGCUGUGGUUUGCUCUGGUUGGUUCGGACAAAAAGGGGGGAAAAGGGCGAGAAGCAGCAAAGAAAAAGAAGAAGAAGAAAACGGAAGACACACUAAUCAAUUUACUAAUCAAUUGCGAAUGAGAUAUCAAAAAGGAGAGCUGUAAUGGACGGCGCGUGAUCGUUUGUUACAAGAAACCGAUCCGUUAGAGAUGAUGGCGCGAAGGAUCGAUUGAAAAAAAAAAUGAAGCAAAAGCUAGCACAUUAAUAAGCGCAUUAAUAAACCCUCCAUUAAGAGCGGUCCCUAAAGUCCGAAGAGAAAAGGGAUAACUCUUCUGGAUAGGAAUUAAAGCAAAAUGAAUGCAAUAUACUAAUCGAUUGAGAGAAGAAAAUGGUAGUACUAAAAUCGAAAUGGACGAGAGAGAACGAGAGAACAAGUUACGUGGGGCAUAGAUUGUUUUCCUCAUGAAAUUUUACCAAACUAAACACACAAGAAAAACAGCCGUUGUUUACUAUUAACUACUACAGCUAAUAUUAUUAUUACCUAGUAGCCUUUAGUGCGAAAACACCGUCGGUGAAGUGAAACUGGAGGGAAAAACAUGACUAGAGAGAGAGAAAGAGAGAGACGAAAUGAGUACUAAGAACAAGCAAGCCUAGCAAACGAGCAGAUAGUUAAGAAAUGAUCCUCAUUUAUAGGUAGCGUUCGCGUUUCUGGUAGAGAGAGAGAGAGAGAGAGAGAGAAGAGUAACGGUAGGAUUGGGUUACGGGGGAUGGCCAUUAACCUGGAAUCGCGGCGAUCGAGCUUCUAAUUGCGGUUUACUGUGGUGAUGAUGAUGAUGAUGAUCGGUGGAUCAUAUUCUUCCAGUUGUUUGUAGUGAAUGUAGAGUGAGAGAUGUGCGUGUGUGUGUGUGUGUGUGCGUGUGGUCGUGCCACCCAAACCACGGCCCCCGGAGUAGGAAGGGAGGAAGACCAGGAGCAUUACUAAGAGUGAAAUCCUGCAGUGCAUUUAUAUUAACUUAGUGGGGCAAACAGGCAAACAACACAACACACCACAACACCAUUAAACCAGGCAAAGCGAAGCCAAAUACCAUGCCCUUGCCUUGCUUUUUGUGUUUGGUUUUGCUCGGUUUCCCGCUAGCGCAAAGGUCCCUUUUAAAGGGUGCUGCCGUUGCGGGCGGGGAUAGUACUCCCUGCGUAAUGUGUUGUCGCCAGCCAAAACACUCCUCCCUCCCAUGGAAUGUAAAAAGAAAUCCAUCUCCCUUCUACUAUAGCUAGCUAAGCGAAAGGAUGGCCACCACCACACGCCGAUAUACACAAAAUUGACUUUUUGCGGGGGGGUUUGUGCGGACACACAUGCCCAAGCCCGAUUUUACCACCCCAAUCUUAAAGGCAGUAGCGAAUUCGGGCCCCAUUCGACAAAACUUCCUACAUCGGAUAGAAUGUGAUAUCCUCCUUUGCCUGCUGUAGCUUUCCGUUGCGCUAUCAACGGUGUGCGUGCGUGUGUGUCCACCUUCAAGCUCUCGUUAAUAUCCCUCCCAAAACCAAGAAGAAGAAGAAGAAGAAGAAGAAGAAACGCAUCGUAUCUGGUUUGCGGUAGAGCAAAUGCUUAGGAAAAAGUUAAUAAUCAAACUUCGAACGUGUUUUACAUCCUCCCCCCCAGAAAUCAAGGCUCUCUCUCCGACAAAACCUAACAAGUGUGUUUCCACUUCAAACCGGUACUGUCGGUCGGCAAGACCCAGACCGAGACACGGUGGAUGUAGGGGCAGAGAGGGGUUAAGAUUCCUCGAAACCUUGUGCAAAAGUGAGCUCCAAAAAUGAACUAAAAAUCGAGAAAACCGAAAAGAAUGCAACCAAUCUUCAAUAAAUCCAACAAAACAAAGCAAAACGCACGUGAAACUCGAUGGAUGAGGAUGGAAUGUGGUCGUUGCGGUGGGUUGGUGUGAAGCAAAUGAAAGAAAUGUACAUUUUACAUCGAGUUGCACCCCUCGACCUUUUUGCUGGCUGGGCCACCGGAAGUCAUCACUUUACUGAAACGCAUCGUAUCGCUUUACAUCGUUGGGUGUAUGGCCGCCUCAAUCGUGUUUCAGCUCUGCAAACCGAUGCCAUCCCCCAGUCCCCUCCCCCCACCCUUGACAUAGGUCAUCGUGUCGAGAAUGUGUCACUUCCUGUUGAACCACCACCGACCCCGUUCUCCUCCCGAUAUCGACGAUGAUCUAAACAUGUUUUUGAAUAGCAAACGUUAAGAUAGGGAAAGCUCAUAGCGCGCCGUCUGGAAAGGGGUUGAGGAUUGGGGCAGUUGAUAAGGGUGUGGCUGGGUGUGAGGGGGUGGGUGUAAUAAAAUGAGCAGCAGGUGGGACACUCCUUAAUUCCACCAACCACCUCGGCCUGAAGGAAGGGCACACCCUGUUGCUGCUGGCGGGCGCGAAAAGGAUAUGAAAUAAUAACCCGAACCGGACCGAGGGUGGCGUUCUCGUUCGGUUCGGGUGUUGGUGUGUCCGUACACCCACAUACACGCGGGAACGACUUUCGCCUGGUAAAGGCGUACGCUUCCCGCAGGCCGAGUUUCAGUCGUGUGGCUUCAACCGUCCCAGUCGAUAACGGUUUUGUGUGCGCAACCAAGUCCUUCCGUGUCUUACCUUUCACUAGUCCAGCAAGUCCAGUCCCCCCUGUGACGCGACAUCACAGCGAAGAGACGAUGGGCGACGAGAUGAGUGUCGAGCAGGAGGCGGAAGCGAUCCUCGAGGCGGAAACGAGCUUCGGGAUGCGCGUGUGGCAUCUGCUGUUCCUGUCCUGCGGCUCCGUGCUCGGCGUCGUCAUCAUGCUGUGCUGCUGCAUCCGGUUCCGCAUACCCCGCACCAAGCAGGACAUCGAGGCGGACUACCAUCGCAAGAAGCUGACGCGCAAGUUUCGCGAGCGGCUGGACUGCAUGAACAAUGCGGACAUCGACGAGAUGGACCUGAUCAAGGCGCUCGAGCGCGUGCGGGAAGAGUACGCGGCGGAGCAGGAGCGGCAGCAGGCGGGCAAGGAGGCGGCCGAAAACAAGGACAAUCAGGCAAUCGUGACCGUGUGCGAUCAGGUUUGAGGCGUGUGGUGGCGGGGGAGCACGUGGGGUUAGUGAAGGUGAAUUAUGUUUUAGUUCCUUGUACUUGAGCGUAUUGGCUGAUAAGGUUUAUAUGUAAGACAAUUGGAAGCACUUGAUGAACUCGAAUAGUUUUAAAAUUGAUAAAAAUCAAUUGGAACGUAAUUUGAUAGAAAAUUGACAGUAUUUAUCGGCAUACUUGUGUAGUAAGCGGUCAUACGAGUUUUAUCAACAUUUUCUUAAGUUUUGAUACUUAUUUGAAUGCUGUAAUCGAAGAAAAAUAAAUUUAAAUAAAACUAAUUUCGUAAUCGUUAA